AUGGGAAACGUCCGCGCCAAAUCAUUGUUGCUGGGGGUUUCUCUUGGUCUGUUGAUCCUCUAUCUCAGUAAAGAAUUUUCUGCCAAAAGAGCCAUUUUGAUCCCGAAAACUGUGAGAGAGGGGAGCAGUGAAAUGAGAAGAUCCACCAUGAACAUCUCCUACGUAUACUCCUUCCCAAAAUGCCAACAAAACACUUCCGCUGCCAAAGUGGAAAACUUCAGCUCUCUUCCUCUUCAUAUUCAAGACUUUCUCUACUAUAAACACUGUCGACAUUUUCCCAUGCUGCUGGACCUUCCUGACAAAUGUGGAGGAGCUGAUGAAUCUGCACAGGUCUUUCUUCUCCUGGUCAUUAAAAGCGUCCCUGAUAACUUUGAACGCAGAGAGGUACUGCGCAAAACCUGGGCUACAGAAAGGCUGCACAAUGGUGUGCAGAUCCGAAGGAUCUUCCUCUUAGGAUCGACGGGUUCUGGUUUUGAAAGAGAGAGAAUGAAUAGACUUCUUGAACUGGAACAAAAUGAGUACAAUGACAUUCUUCAAUGGGACUUUAGAGACACGUUCUACAACCUCACUUUAAAGCAGGUACUCUUCCUAGAAUGGAUGGAAAGAAACUGUCCAAAUGCUCGCUUCUUGCUAAAUGGUGAUGAUGACGUUUUUGCCAACACAGACAACAUGGUUGAGUAUCUCCAAGGCCUUAGGGACAAUGAUGGAAGCAAGCACCUCUUUACUGGAAAUUUGGUCGAGUUCUUGUGGCCCAUUAGAUCACCAGGGAGCAAGUACUAUGUCCCAGUACAAGUGCAGGAGUCAGAGUCUUAUCCCCCUUAUUGUGGUGGUGGAGGCUUCCUCCUGUCGGGCUAUUCAGCUAUGGUCAUAUACAACAUGUCCAAGUCCAUCCCUUUUAUUCCUAUUGAUGAUGUUUACAUGGGGAUGUGUAUGGCCAAAGCAGGAUUAGGUCCAGCUCACCAUAUGGGUGUAAGGACAUUAGGAAUGUACAUUCCCUCGCAUAAACUAGAUGAAUUUGAUCCCUGUUAUUAUAAAGAGAUUUUACUGGUGCACAGAUUCCUUCCAGCAGGCAUCUAUCUAAUGUGGCAAAGAAUAAAUGACCCCAAUCUAAAAUGUGAAUCAGCAAAGAAAUCCUUUUGGUAGGAUUAAGCUCACUGGUGGUGUCAAUACCCUGUGAUCAAUUGACAGCAGGUCUAUGACAAAGCCUCUAAUGUCACUGGUAGAGGUUUAACCUAAACCAGACAACAACAAAAAACCAUUCCAUACCAUGACAGUGACACAGAGUACUUAUGUUUGCAACAUAAAUUUAUAUUUGCAUGAUAUUUUGCGAGAAUUAUUGUCCAAAUAAUAGUGAAAUGCUGAAACAUUGUUGCCUUUGCGAACUGAUGUUGAUCAGUUUUAACUUUUUUGGAUCCGUUAUUUAACCAUUUGAAUCUGGCACCUGCUCUCCAAAAGAAAUUGCACUGUAUCUCUAAACAAAAAAUAGUUGGGGUGCCCUCAAUUGGCCAAUUUAAGGAUUAUUUUACAAAGUUGACCUCAAUGUGGCAGCCUGCCAAGUUUUGUGAGUUAUUGAACAAACUCCUUAAUAGGGGUUCUUUCUAAAAAGCCGUAAAGUGGCAGAACCUAAAGAAUGGGCCUACUCUGGGAAAAUUGGGGAAAACCAUUCAAACAUAAGGCCCCUGGAUAGCAGUUAACCUAAGCUUAAUAAGCACAGCCAGUCAGGUGACUUAAAACAUUUUAUAUGGAAGGUUAUGCCCAUUAUGUUUGUAGGUUGUCCCACACUGACUGUAAAAAGCAGGGAAGAUACAGGACAGGUGUCCUCAGCCAAACAAAUAUAGACCUACAGUACGGCACUGCAAUGCAAGUGUAUGGCCUGUUAAUAAUGUUUUUAUUGUGUUAAUUUUUUUUUCUAUAUACGAAAUAUAAUCACGACAAUGAAGAGGGAAAGUGGUUUCUGACACAACAUUGUUGAAGAUCACAGAUUGUACCAUUUUAUUAGUGGGUGGGCCUUUUAUGAUGAUUGCGUCUGGGUGUGUGUGUUUGUUGGUUUCGUUGGUUUGUGUGGCUUUGGGUUAAUGUUUUGACUGGAGCUUGGUGUUGGUCCACAUUUCUGACUACCAGCUGAAUCAUGUUGUUUGCAAAUUGUUCAAAAAAACAUUAACAACCAGAAGUUGGCAGUACCGUAUAAUGUUUAAUGUUGUGACCAAAGUCUUGUUCUCUGUUUUUUUAAACUAAUGUUGUGAUGUUAGUUUAUAUUUCGCUUGAGCUCAUAUAUGUACAGUUUCCUUUAUUUUUUUACUAUAUCUUGUGUAUUUAUGUCUGAACAAUAGGUUCAGAAGACAAGAUGAUUUGCAGACUGACAGUAUUAUGCACUGUCAUUUACAAAACAACAUUCAGGUUGAAGUAAUAAGGGGGGGCAGUGCAUCUCAAGUCAGGACUCAUAUGUACAGAAUGAUUAGGGCAGGGUUUUUCCUUAUAAGGGUUGAAACAAGUCCUUUUUGUUCUUUAAACAGUCUAUUCUGUAGAAAUCGAUUUUUAUUCUUAAACAUCAUAAAAAAGGAUAUAAUUUGUCCUAUCUUAUACUUAUCUAAGUCAGCCAUUGUUAUUCUUGUGAGAUGUUAAAACAACCCUUCCACAAAUGUAACAUGCACUUUCUACACCUACCUUUAUUCUCACAGUGCCUCGACCAAAUUAUGUUGAAAAUGUGUUUAAAUGUUGUAUUAAAUACAUGUUAAAAUAACUUCUGAAAAGAGUAAAAUAACUCAGGGUUUUGGAAUGAAGCUGCCAUGUAUGGUUACUAUUAUACAGCGUUGUUGAUUGUUGUUUUUUUGUGUCAUAGUCAAGAGCUGCCAACAUGUCAUCGUAUUAAAACAGUGAUGGUAGCGGUAUUUUUAUGUACUGUGAAUAUUUAUGUUUUUUUUUUCAAAAGGGAACAGGGAAUUUGUGAAUCUUUGCAAAUAGUGUGUUUAAUUAAUUAAAGAGAAGAAUGCACAUGAAUCCA